AGUAACACAACUCAAUUUAAUGCAGAUUACAAUAACCCUGGAAGAAGAAGAAGAAAAUUCUCUUGCGUUACCAAACAUCCGCUGUUUCUAUGUCAUUUCAAUUCAACUUCAGCUGAAGGUUGAAAGAGGUUAAAAAAGGAGAGAAGAAGAAGCAGCUAACCGACUGCGGACAAAAUGCUAUCUCGCAUGUUAGCGUAUCUCGUCAACAACCUCCAGGUUAUUGAGAAGUUGGCGGAGUCCCGUCCGAUCCGGAGGGCGGCUCAGCUUACGGCGUACGCUCUCACCAAGGCUCAGAUCGUCGGCCGGGACACUUCGGAGCGAGUCAUGCGGUCCCAGACGCUGCGGCAGGUCCGACAGGAAGCCGGCAGAGUCCCCGGCGACCUGGAGGAGGCGAGCAACCGCCUGCGCAGAGUCCGGGAGACGUUCGUGAAGGAGGUGAAGGAAGGAUGGAAAGAUGGCUCCAGACGGAUAAAGAAGUAAAGAAGACCGGAGGGUUUCCGGGCUGCUGAAAGGACUGAUGAUUAUGUUGAAGUUUAGGUCUGAAUGAGGAAAUAUCAGUUUGACGCGAGUCUAACAAUCUGCCUCAACUAAGCUGACAAGCAUAACUGGUUUGCACCUUCUCUUGUUUCAAGAUUAACUUCACCUUUUUGUUGUUUUUAAAAACACAAGGAAACGGUUUUUAUUGUAUUGGAAAGGGGAAAAACUCUGUAUAAAGUAAUAUUGGAAUAUUACUACGACGGUCAUUCUGGACCAUACUAAGAAAAAGUUACAAUAAAAUAAAAUUUACGAGAAUAAAGCCAUGAUAACUAUAUUCAAUACGUAGAAUAAAAAGUCAUGCAUUUACCAGAAUAAAGUCUAAAAAAUUCAAGUAA